CUUAAGUAUUUAUCGGCUUACGCAUGCUUGACAUCGGCAUGGCUCAAACUCAAAUUGAAACUGCCAUAAAACUGCUGCUCCAGGAAGCCGAGGAGCUAUCUAUUGGCGGACAUAUAACGGAGUUGGAGGACCUGCCCAGUGCAUUGGACUUCGCUCGUGAUUACUAUGCCAAGAACGCACCCGUCGUUAUACGCCAAGCAGUGGCCCGUUGGCCAGCAGUGGAAAAGUGGACUCCGGAUUACCUGCAGACCACAUUAAAUGAUAAAAUUGUGGAUGUGGCUGUCACACCCAAUGGCUAUGCGGAUGGUUUAGCUACACAGGAUGGCACGGAAUAUUUCGUGCUACCACUGGAAACACAAAUGAGGCUAUCGGAGCUGCUGAAACGUCUCGAUGAUCCCAUGGGCGCCAUACACUAUAUACAAAAGCAGAAUUCCAAUUUCAGCGUCGACUUUCCGGAGCUGGCUAAUGAUAUUAUGCCCGAUGACUUGAACUUUGCACAGAAGUGCUUUAAUAAGCCGCCAGAUGCGGUUAACUUUUGGCUGGGCGACGAGCGUGCCAUUACAUCCAUGCACAAGGAUCCCUAUGAGAAUUUGUACUGUGUCAUUUCAGGCUACAAAGAUUUCAUACUGAUUCCACCGCAUCAGCUCUGCUGUGUUCCACGUCGCACUUAUCCCACUGGAGUGUACAAACAAAAAUCCUGUGGACAGUUUUAUAUUGAACCUAUGCUCGAUGAUAAUGGCAAAUUGCAGCACACAGAGUGGGUUAGCAUUGAUCCACUGGCACCAGAUCUGGCCACAUAUCCGCAAUAUGUCAAGGCGCGUCCUCUGCGUGUGCGCGUCCACGCUGGCGAUGUGCUCUACCUGCCCAAUUAUUGGUUCCAUCAUGUGCGGCAGAGCCACAAAUGUGUGGCCGUCAAUUUCUGGUAUGAUAUGGAAUAUGACAGCCGCUAUUGUUACUAUCGCAUGCUGGAGCAGCUCACAAAUUAAUCGACGCAGGAUUAAUUAGUAAAUAGUUGACGGCAAUCAACUUUUCAUUAAUAUUUAGCUAUUAAGUGCCUUAUUGUAAUUGUAAGCAGAAAAGUUAUCUGAGAACUGGUUGCUUUUUUUGUGUUACAUAUUUAUUAAGUAUAUAAUUUAAUACAAACUAAAUAUUCAAAAAGCCAAAAAC